AUGACGUCGACCCACGCCCCACUAACCCUCCGUGCGCCGCUGGACCGCUCCUCCGCGCCAUGCCUGCGCGCAUCCCUCGUUCCCGCCACCCGCUCCGCCAAGCCACCUCCAGGCGCCUUCGUGCGACUGGGCGGGAGCCAAUUAACGCGUGUGUGUCGCACGUCAUCGCACCCCUGCGAUCGCACCGUCGUCCGCAGGACUGCGUGUCCCCGCGCAACUGCCACGCGGUCCUCCGCCAAUGCCGUGGAGAGCAGAGCGGGCGAUAGCGGGCCCGCGGAGGGCGCGGGGGAGCGCGAGUACGACGCGGUAGUGAUCGGCGCGGGGAUGGGCGGGCUGGUGGCGGCGACGCAGAUGGCGGUGCGCGGCAUGCGCGUGCUGCUGCUGGAGAAGUACCUCAUCCCGGGCGGCAGCUCCGGGUGGUACGAGCGCGACGGGUACACGUUCGACGUGGGGUCGUCCGUCAUGUUCGGCUUCGGCGAUCAGGGCAACGUGAAUCUGGUGACGCGUGCGCUGGCAGCGGUGGGGCGCAAGCUGCCGCUGCUGGAGGACCCCGUGGCCGUGCACUACCACAUGCCCAACGGGCUCAGCGUGCAGGUGCACCGUGGCUACGAGCAGUUUCUGGGGGAGCUCAUGGCGCGCUUCCCCCAUGAGAGGGCCGGCAUUCGCCAGUUCUACGAUGAGUGCUGGACUGUGUUCAACGCGCUGAACGCGUUGGAGCUGCAGUCGCUGGAGGAGCCGCUCUACCUGCUCGGCCAGUUCUUCCGCAACCCGCUCGCGUGCCUCACCCUCGCGUACUACCUACCACAGAACGCGGGCGACAUAGCACGCAAGUACAUCACUGAUGCCGACCUGCUCGCCUUCAUCGAUGCCGAGGUGCCGCCCCUCCCGCACACCGCUGCUGCUCAUAUCGCCCCUCUGACAACUCCCUCAUUUUGCUGCUCUCCACAACCUGCUCUCCACAACCUCCUCUCCUCAUUUCUCUCAGCUUGUCCCCCUGGCUUUCGCUAUUACUCCCACCAUCGGCGUCUCCCCUGUGUCCCCCCCUCCCUGUGUCCCCCCCUCCCUGUGUCCCCCCCUCCCUGUGUCCCCCCCUCCCUGUGUCCCCCCCUCCCUGUGUCCCCCCCUCCCUGUGUCUUCCCUUGCGUUCCCUCCCAUUCCCUUUCAUCUCUCCGUCGCUCCUCUCGUCCCUCGGCACCAACUCGCUGUGGCGGGCGGCAGUGCUUCAUAGUGAGCACAGUGAAUGCCGCCAACACGCCCAUGAUCAACGCUGCCAUGGUGCUGUGCGACCGGCACUACGGCGGCAUCAACUAUCCGCGGGGCGGCGUGGGGCGCAUCGCACAGGAGCUGGUGGCGGGGCUGCAGGAGCGCGGGGGGGAGGUGUGGUACAAGGCCAACGUCACCCAGCUGCUCUUCGACCACCACGGCCGUGCCGUGAGUGCUGGCUUGGAGUCGUGUGUGGUGUGGAAGAGAGGAAGGAAGGCGACUAUACUAGCUGCCUGCACUGCAGCGGGAGCAACCACUUGUGUCACGCUGCUUGCUGCAGCCAGCGCUGGAAGGGAAACACCGCUCUCAGAUUCUGCGGGUGUGAAGCUGAGUGACGGGCGCACAGUGAGGGCCAAGACCGUUGUCUCCAACGCCACCCGAUGGGACACCUUCGGCAAGCUGGUACCGGAGGAGCGCAUGCCGGAGGAGGAGAGGCAGUUCCAGCAGCGGUACCGCCAGGCACCGUCGUUCCUCUCCAUGCACCUCGGUGUCAAGGCUGACGCGCUGCCGCCCGGCACUGAGUGCCACCACCUCGUGCUCGAGAGCGAGUGGGGGCGCAUGGAGGAGCCGUAUGAGAGCAUCUUCCUCAGCAUCCCCACUGUGCUGGACCCGUCGCUGGCACCAGCUGGGCGGCACAUUCUGCACGUCUUCACCACCGCAUGGAUGCACGACUGGCAGGGCAUGAGCACGGAGGAGUACAGCGCCAAGAAGCACCACGUGGCAUCGCAGAUCAUUGCUCGCCUCGAGAAGACGCUCUUUCCCGGCCUCGCCAAUGCCAUCGAGCUCAUGGAUGUGGGCACGCCGCGCACGCACCGGCGCUUCUUGAACCGCGUGGACGGCACGUACGGCCCCAUCCCCGCGCGCCGCCCACUGGGGCUGCUCGGCAUGCCCUUCAACACCACGCAAGUGCCGGGGCUGUACUGUGUGGGCGACAGCUGCUUCCCCGGGCAGGGAGUCAUCGCGGUAGCCUUCUCCGGCAUCAUGUGCGCCCACCGCGUCGCCGCUGACCUUGGCUAUGAGAAGCGUAAUCAGGCACUGGAUACUGGACUUUCUAAGUUGCUUGCGUGGUUCCGCACCCUUGCAUGA